AUGCAAGGCGAGACUGAACCAAAGUAAGUUAUUGGAAAUAAUUAAGAAUAGUGAGCACUUUGGUUUGAGAACAGUUUUGCAUGCUAGACAGUGAAUAAGCAUUUAGUAACUUUAUACAUUGUUUUUUAUACAUCCUAGUGGCGAGUUGAUUAAUGCUGUUGAUCAUGAAGUGUGUGUGUGUCCUCUCUGUAGGUCAGUAUCUGGGUGUAGGUGGUGGCCCUCAUGGUGCCCCACCUCUAUGCCCACUCUGAACAGCACAGAAAUACGUACUAUUCCAGUGGAGUAUCAGUGAACAUACUUUUUGUACUACAUUAAGUCUGCCUAACCAUUUACCUUUUCCUCUUCUCUUCCAGUUGCACAUACACGUCUUGUAAUGGUCCAUUAAUGGUCCAUGGAUUUGGCGUAGGGGUAAGGUUAUGGAAACUCUUUGUGUUUGACUUGCUUGGUUUCGGACAAAGCUCCAGACCCCACUUCCCCAUGGACCCAGCUCUGGCUGAGGAGCAGUCAGUCAGGUCUAUAGAGCACUGGAGGCAGGCCCUGGCCCUAGAUCGCAUUAUCCUAUUGGGUCAUAGUCUAGGCGGUUACUUGGCAACAUCCUAUUCCAUUCAAUACCCCGAGAGGUCAGAGACGACAUUUACAGUUGACACACUCUUUAGUGGCUAAUCCUUGGUGUUAUGAUGAAGAGCAUAACAUGUAUGAACUUAGAGUAACAUGGUUCUUUCCCGGUCAGAGUCAGUCACCUGAUUCUAGUGGACCCCUGGGGCUUCCAGCCCAUGCCUGUGGAUUCAACCUCAGGAUCGGACAGACCAGGCUGCCCUCGCUGGGUUGAGGCCCUAAUUGCCUAA